UCCCGCGAGAUAACACCCCGAUUAAGGAGGUGGAAGAAGAGCGUGUAGUUUAUUUAGGUUUUCGCAGGCAAAAUGGGGACUCUUUCCUCCUUUGUCUCUAUUUUAGGACUGUGCGUCCUGCUUGCUUGCACAUCAGCGUCUUCAGAUGUGUUCGAUAGCGUUUUGGGAAACACAGCAUCCUGUCAUAAGUCAUGUGAAAUGACAUACAGUUUGCACACGUAUCCACGGGAAGAGGAACUCUAUGCCUGCCAGAGAGGUUGCCGUUUGUUCUCCAUUUGUCAGUUUGUUCGCGACAGCGAAGAUCUGAAUCAGACCAAAUCCGAGUGUGAAUCAACCUGUCGCGAAGCCUACACCCAGUCUGAUGAGCAGUUUGCAUGCAACCUGGGCUGUCAGAAUCAGCUUCCAUUUGCUGAGCAACGGCAUGAGCAGUAUUGCUUGUUUUUUUUCCAGUUGGAGGCUAUGAUGCCUAGGAUUCACCUGUUGUACCCCCUGACUCUGGUCAGAGGGCUUUGGGAGGAUGUAAUGAGUCAGGCCCACAGCUUCAUCACUUCCACGUGGACAUUUUACCUCCAGGCUGAUGAUGGCAAAGUUGUUAUUUUCCAGACUGAACCACAAGUCAAGUUUUUCUCCCAGGUUGACGUGGAAAAAGAAGUUAAAGAGGAGCCACAGAAGAGCUUCCCCAGGUUGAGCAGCCCAAUUUACAAAGAAUACCAUCGCACUUUAAUCCAGGAGAGGGACAGAGAUAUGACUGGAGACCGCAGCUAUGAUGAGUACAGCCUCUUCAGCUGUCUUUCAAGGAACCCUUGGCUACCAGGGUGGAUCCUAACCACAACUCUGAUCCUGUCUGUACUGGUCCUGAUCUGGAUCUGCUGUGCCACUGUGGCAACUGCUGUAGACCAGUAUGUACCUGCUGAGAAAUUGAGCAUCUAUGGUGACAGAGAGUACAUGAAGGAACAGAAACUGACUCCAUAUCCAGCAUCCUCCCUGCUGAUCAUCACCUCCAAAGGAACAGAGGAAGAGGCCGGGCCUCUACCUUCCAAAGUGAACCUGGGCCAGUCAGACAUCUAGAAGCCAAAGCUGUAGCAGAGACGGGAUAUCCUCCUUUAUGGAAAAUCUUUAGUUGAUUUUUAUCCUCUGGCACAAGACCUGUGCUUCGUGUGGUCUAAACUGGAGUCACUACUUUCAGAACAUUUUGUAUUACUGAUAUGUCUCAUCUCCCUUUUCUUAAAAUUUGAGUGAUUUAAAAAGGUGUUUUUUCUGUAUAUUGGUACAAUUAAGGCAUUAUAGUAUUGUGAUGCAGUACGAGUAAAAUAGGUUUUGGGAUUGUUAUGUAUGCAUUAGCUCUCUGUUGGUGUACUUAUAAUAUUGAAUAAUGUUUAAAUAAACUAUUUGUGACUUGAAGUGAUACAGGUUUUAUCUAAAACCCUCAACUUUUGGUAAAAUUGUGCUAAUAUUACAGACCCUCCCUGUUUGUUCUCAUGUUUCUACUACAGUGAUUUCCAGAUAUUGAAUUUUGCAAUAAAAGUCUGUACUCUUAAUUUUAAUAGUGACAGUACAUACGGUAGGUCUUUCCUGCUUCACUGUUAUCUGUUCUUGCAAUGAUGGAUCAGAAUUAAAUACAAUAGAGUGAA